UGGCCUUCUGUUCUGCGUCCCCUGGGUGCGCCCUGAGCGCAGCUGCGCCGCGAUCUGCGCAGAGGUGGCACCCAGGGGCGCAAUGGAUGCGUAGCGCCGGAGCACACAAAGGGAUUACAGUUGAGCUUCUUUUUGUUAAUCUGGGAUCAUUUUUAGAUGAUUUAAAACAAAAAAAUGACGAGACGAGUCAGACCUGGCUUCUACAAUAAGGAGAUCAACCAAAGCGCGUGGGUAGUUCCGGAGCGGUACCAGAACCUGAAGCAGGUGGGGGCCGGAGCGUACGGGACCGUGUGUUAUGCGCUGGACACCAGAACAGGAGGCAAAGUGGCGAUCAAGAAGCUCUACAGACCUUUCCAGUCCGAGACGUUCGCCAAACGGGCCUUCAGGGAGCUGAGGCUCAUCAAGCACAUGAAACAUGAGAAUGUGAUUGGUUUGCUGGACGUGUUCACUCCAGACCUUUCGUUGGACAGGUUCCAUGGUUUUUACAUCGUCAUGCCGUUCAUGGGAACCGAUCUGGGGAAGCUAAUGAGGAAACUUAGACUGUCAGAUGAAAAAAUUCAGUAUUUGGGUUAUCAGAUUCUCAAAGGUCUUAAGUAUAUUCACUCUGCUGGUAUUAUUCACAGGGAUUUAAAACCCUCAAAUCUUGCUGUUAACCCGGAGUGUGAGCUGAAGAUUUUAGACUUUGGUUUAGCGCGGCAGGCAGACAGCGAGAUGACGGGAUAUGUGGUGACUCGCUGGUACCGAGCGCCGGAGGUCAUCCUGAACUGGAUGCACUACACACAAACUGUGGAUAUUUGGUCUGUGGGCUGCAUCAUGGCAGAGAUGCUGCAAGGAAGAGCGCUUUUUAAAGGCGCCGAUCACAUAGAUCAGCUGGAACAGAUCUGGAAGAUCACAGGAACACCGUCUCAAGAGUUUAUAUCUAAACUAGAAUCUGAGGAUGCUAAAGAUUACCUCAAAAAAGUUUCAUCCAAGCCUAAGCCAGAUCUUCAUAAAGUGUUUUCUGCUGUUAAUCCAGAAGCCGUGACUGUCCUGGAGCGCAUGCUGCUGCUGGAUCCAGAGGAACGGAUAACUGCUGCAGAGGCGCUCACUCUGCCGUACUUUGCUGAAUUCAGGGAUCCAGAGGAGGAGACGGUGUGUGAGCCGUUCGACUACACUGUUGUCAACGCAGAACUGACGGUGGAUCAGUGGAAACGUCACACCUUCACUGAGAUCUUGACCUUCAAACCUGUUUUGAUCAAUUCCAAGGAGUCGACCCUAUAAGGGGUCAAUUUGACGAUACAAACUGGGACCAGAACAAACCAGAACAACUCAACCAAGAAACUGUUUUUAACUCCGAGGCUUAAUGAACGAGCCAACUGUUGACGACUUCACAGUAUCUUGAUGUCUUCAGAUCGUCAACUCAGCCCUUUGAUGAAAACCUUGUUUGAUUAUUAUGAAGAGUUUCAAAUUGAAUCAUUGGGAAUUUUUUCUAAUAUUCUGCUAAAUGUUUGGUACUUUCAGUCCAGGUUACGAUUAUCAUUUUGUCCCGUUUCCUUCCAUAAUUGUUCAUUUUGACGGCUAGGGUUAACAAACCUUUCCAAAACUCCGGUUAUGAUUUAUUUGCUUCAUAUUCAACAUCAAUCUAAAGGGCUACUUGUGAUUCUGGAAAAGACACAAACGAUGUCCAGUUAUUGCUGAGUCGGUGCAAGUUUAUGCAUUGUGUUUUGAAAAGGCCACCACACACACACACACACACACACACACACACACUCCAUGUUCAACACAAAAUAGAAUGUAAUGCAAUGUACAGGCUUGCAAAUUAAACUUGAUUUUCUGCACUGAAAUCUGAAGCACAGAACUAGAUGUUUUAUCUGUUUUAAAUACUUUAAACUGUUUUGAUUUUUUGUCUAAUUGUGUUUA